GGGUGUGUUUGUAUGCCACAGUUUACAGCUACUUCUUCGCGGAUUUCUUAACUUUAGCCUUUCCUUAAGACAUCUUCAGGAUGGCAGACGCAGAACAGCAACCUCAGCAGAGCCUUGUUAGGCGGUUUCUUAACUUUGGGUACCUCAAAACGCCCCAAGGAAUUUGUAAAGUUGCUGAACUGGUCCUGGGCCUGUGUACGUGGAUCAUCAUUGUGGUGCACGCGUACGCAGGUGUGCAGGUGUACGUCAUGUUCGUGGCCGUGGCCAGCUGGCUCAUCACGCUGCUCGGACUCCUGCUCUUCAUGUGCGGCAUUCAUGAGAGGGUCCAGUUUGUUCCCUGGCAACACACGGAGUUGGGAUACAACACAGGAGUGACAGUGUUGUACCUGAUUGCUGCCAUCUUACAGGUGGCCUUCGCUGGCAGCAGCGAUGCCUACAAGGCUGCAGGGGCAUUUGCCUUCUUCACGACAAUCGUGUACGGGAUUGCGGCGUUCUUCAGCUGGCGACAGUGGCGUGGCAGCCGCUCAGGGGGCGGAGAUCAGACCGUGGAGAAAACACCUGGUGCUAUCUAGACUCAUCCACAACUCAUAUGUUAGAUCUGCCGGGAGUCUACUUGGGAUACUUUAUCUACAUUUGUGAUACAAAAUGAUGAACAUUGUUUCAUCAAAACAACAUAUAAGAAGUGUUUUCUAGCCAUCAUAGGCCAUAUUCUUAAUAUUGGGAUUAUGGGUGCCAUUACAACUUGUGUGUGGCCCUUGCAUAGAAUUUUGCUUCCCACCUGCAUUACCCAGAGUUCCCUAUCUUACAACAUGUACCCAGCAUGGAAUCCUGGGUGUUUAGCACGCAAGAAGUGUGAGAUUUUAUUUGUUUCUAUUGUCAAGUGAGAUAAAAUUGAAUGUGUAUAGAAAAUAGCCCAUUGUCCCUGGGAAUCAUUUGAUUGUUGUAAGUCAACUGUGGGUUAGUCACCUACAGAAAUCUGUGUUUGAUAUAAGUUAUUAUUCAGCAUGAUACUUGGAGAUUAUAGUUCAUGCUAGCAAAUGGCAGUUAUGUUUAGACAAAUGUGGAACAACUUGGUGCCAUAUAGGAUAGUCUGUCUAGCCACUAUGAUAUGGUUUUGUUCUUGGUAUGUCAUUAAAAAAAUUGCAGGAUUAUAGAUUUGCUGUGAAAGCUAUUUUAGAUACACAUACUUUUUAAACAAAUUAGAAGAUUUUAACCAACUUCUUAAAGCAACUUGGGGGAAAGAUUUUAACCAAAGUUAAUGUGUACAUCAAUGUAUACAAUCAACUUCUUGGAACAAUCCCUCUCUUUUCACAACCGAUGAUGUUUGUUUUGUAUGUGUGACAUAUGUUUUUACUGGGUGGCUGAAAGACCAUGAUGUACACAUCAGUCACAGACAUGAUUAUAGGUACAUGUAUAGGUAAUGUCAGCUAUAUUUAUACUGGUACUAUCUAAAAGCAAUUUGAUUUUGCAGUGAAAAAGUUAAGUGUGAUGUUGUGAUUUUU